AUGCAGGCCAUACUAACUAUCACAACCAUACUUAUUGCACAUUUCACCGCAGACCUGGACAUGACACGGCUGAUUGCCGAGCUGCUCGUGCACCAUUCUGCACUUACCACCAGCUCCCUGGUCACGACACUGUUGACUGUCGUGCUCGCCGCGGUACUAACCAAGCUAACCACUACAGCCCUGCUCCUCCUAACCAAGCUAACCACUACAGCCCUGCUCCUCCUAACCAAGCUAACCACUACAGCCCUGCUCCUCCUCACCAAGCUAACCACUACAGCCCUGCUCCUCCUCACCAAGCUAACCACUACAGCCCUGCUCCUCCUAACCAAGCUAACCACUACAGCCCUGCUCCUCCUCACCAAGCUAACCACUACAGCCCUGCUCCUCCUCACCAAGCUAACCACUACAGCCCUGCUCCUCCUCACCAAGCUAACCACUACAGCCCUGCUCCUCCUCACCAAGCUAACCACUACAGCCCUGCUCCUCCUCACCAAGCUAACCACUACAGCCCUGCUCCUCCUCACCAAGCUAACCACUACAGCCCUGCUCCUCCUCACCAAGCUAACCACUACAGCCCUGCUCCUCCUCACCAAGCUAACCACUACAGCCCUGCUCCUCCUCACCAAGCUAACCACUACAGGCCUGCUCCUCCUCACCAAGCUAACCACUACAGCCCUGCUCCUCCUCACCAAGCUAACCACUACAGCCCUGCUCCUCCUCACCAAGCUAACCACUACAGCCCUGCUCCUCCUCACCAAGCUAACCACUACAGGCCUGCUCCUCCUCACCAAGCUAACCACUACAGCCCUGCUCCUCCUCACCAAGCUAACCACUACAGCCCUGCUCCUCCUCACCAAGCUAACCACUACAGCCCUGCUCCUCCUUCCCAUAACCAACCACAUGCUGCAACCCCUAACCAGCGCCGACCGAGCCCUACACGUGCUCCUGCAACCCAACCUACGGCCCAUGUUAAGGUUCGUGACAAGUGACAGUCACGACACAGACGGACACUGUGACUCGCGGAUGACAAACGGCGCUACGGCCUUCAUGGAUAACACAGACCAGACCUACGGACACCCAGACCAGACCUGUGGCUCCCAGUCGGGGGAAGGCACAGCAGGCUUCGUAAACAGCAUGACGUAG